CCUAUUUGUGCAUAUCACAUCCACAUUUUCUUUCUGUUGAUAGUUCUGGUUUCAUCUUCUCUUCAAUGUCCAACCUCACAAUCCCAAUUGUAACACCAAACAACAAGAAAGAAGAUACUCUCUGCUCCAAAUUGGAUUAAACCCAUGGAAACAUUUACAUUACCGUAUCCCUAUAAUGGUUAUGGUGGUGGAUAUUGCUCAUCUUCUUCACCCUCUUCUUCUUCUUCUUCUUCAUCAUCUUCUUCUUCUUACUACAACAAGAUUGUUAUUGUAAUGGGGAAGAGCAAGAAGCCUCGCCCUCCUCCUCCAAAGGGUUCUGAGCCAGCUCCUCCAAGAAUUACAUCAAAUCUCAAGCAGAAUUUGCAGUUUUUGAAGUUAUGGAAGGAAUUUCAAAAGAGGAAGUCUAGCACACCCAAGCCUGCUACCAGUUACCGCAAAAAGAAAGUGGACAACGAAGACCUUCCAGAAGAUACAGAACUCUAUCGUGAUCCUACCUUGUCCCUCUACUAUACAAACCAGGUUAUAGACAACACAGUCCCCGUCUUGCUUGUCGAUGGCUAUAAUGUAUGUGGCUAUUGGGCGAAGCUGAAGAAGCAUUUUAUAAAUGGACGACUUGAUAUUGCCCGACAAAAAUUAAUUGAUGAACUUGUAACAUUCAGUAUGCUUAGAGAGGUGAAAGCGGUAGUUGUCUUUGAUGCCAUGAUGUCAGGGCUUCCUACGCACAAGGAAAAUUUCGCUGGUGUUGAUGUGGUUUACUCGGGUGAAUCAUGUGCUGAUGCAUGGAUCGAAAGAGAGGUUACUGCCUUGAAGGAGGAUGGAUGUCCAAAGGUUUGGGUUGUGACUUCUGAUCAUAUGCAACAACAUGCGGCGCACGGAGCAGUAUGCAUUCUUUGGAUAGUUUACUAUUGUUGCAUUGAAUUUCCUUGAUCUAGUAAACUUUGAUUUGCACUUAUGACUUAUGCUUUAGAAAUAACCAAUUUUGGCCUAUACUUUAGUUGUUGGGUGCUCUUGUGGUUAGGCCUCCAAAACCCUGUUAGUUAUGUGUAAAAUUAAGGUAAAUUACUAAAUCCCUUUAUGUUGGCAAAAUUAUACACUUUGGUCCAUGUCGUUUCAAAAUUAGCGAUUUCAGUUCUUACACCUCCUAACCACCAUCAGUGAAAAGCAUGCAAUUUUGAGAGAUUAAAUUGUUUUAUAAUAUAAGGACCAAAAUUUGAUAUGAUUUCAGAUAUUAGGAAAUAAAGUGUAAUACUAAAAAUUUAUAGUUUUAUAAUUAAGGAUUAAAGUGUUGAUUCAUUAAGAAACCAUGGGGGCCAAAAUUAUUAAUAUUGAAGUAGUAAAGAUCAAAGUGUAUAUUAUGGAAAAUUUCAAUGGGGUUUUAGUAACUUACCUUAAAUUAACUUAUAAAAAGAAAAAUAGGGUCACAUAAUGAUAAAUUUGGUAGCCUAAUACCAGUAGAUCUUAUCCCUCUAUAUUGGCCGUAUUGGAAAUUAAUUUUGCAUAGAAUUGAAUGGGUUUUCAUGACCUGGCAGCGCAAUUGCACCUUAUAACUAUUGGCAAAGUUGGUUAUAUCCAAGUACAGUUGUAAGUAUGAUUUUAAUAUUAGAGUUUAAAACAGGUGUGUAGAAGUAGAAAUAGAAUCACAUCCCACUUAUAAAUAAAAAUAUUAUAGGGAAUAGAAGUCCUUAUAAACAAUUUAAAAUCAUGAUUAUAGUAGUAAGACUUACAUUUCCCUCAAUACUCAUACUCAACUAGGCAUUGGUCCCAAAUUAGUUGAUUCAAUUUUCUCUGUUUCGCUCAUUCUAGGAGUACAUCUUUACAAAGAUCUAGAACUUUUAAAUUCUUUCUCACUAUAUCGCCCACGCUUCACUCAAUAAAUAAUAUUAGAUUGAA